UGCAUAUGUGACAAAUUUUGCAAAUGGCUUGAAACAAGUGAGACAAAGCUAGCAAUUGGUGUACAGACCACAAACAACAUUUGCAAAGGUCUGUUUACAGCAUUAAGGCCCAAAAACGUGCAGCACUUGUACCUCCAUUUCCACUUGACCAAACAUUAGCAAUUUAUGCAUUUAACUUCAUUUGAGCUAAUCCAACUUAGGACCUCUUAAACCAAGCUUAAACAGUCAUAUUUAAGGUUAUUUUCUGUCAAACAAACCCUAGUAGCAGCUGCCAAGACAUCAGAAUCUCUCAUUUUCUCUCAUCUUGCAUUUUUGCACUUUGCAUCUUUUCUGCCAAAAACUCUGAAUGAACCACGAGCACCUUUGUUUUUCCUCAUCUAGCCAACAUUGUAAGCUCCUACCAGCACGAAAUACCAACUGUAACGACCUCAUCUUGUUCUGUUUUCCCAAAGCUCCUUCCAUGGCAUAUCUCGAAUGGAGCCCUUCUAGAGUUUGUUGAGCUAAAACUCAGUGUUCAUCCAUCAAAGCAAGCUCCGGUGAACAUCUGUUUCAGCCUGUCGAGACCAAACAACAUCGGUAGCAUCAUUGUCUUGCCGGUUGGGUACUUUAGUUGCUUAAGUUCUCUGAACUUGCUUGCUUUGCUAUUUUAGCAUUUGCUUUUGAGGUACAUUCCAGAGCUUGUCUACUGAUAGAGAUGGCAACAGUUCCUGAGCUGAAGCGGAAGACCUGUUCCUACAGUUUCCACCGUGAGCCAUUGACUCCACUAGUAGAGUUGGGUAGCCUCGUGACAGACGAUCGACUGAAGAGUUUUGUUGGGCGGUAUGGAGAUCUCUUGACAGUGCUGAAGACAGUAGUGGAUCCAGUGCCUCUGCAGACACUACUUCAGUUCUAUGAUCCAGAGCUCAGAUGCUUCACAUUCCAGGAUUACCAGCUUGCACCUACUCUCGAAGAGUAUUCCAUCCUGUUGAGUAUCCCUGUUCAGCAUCAGAUUCCCUUCUUGGACGUCCCCAAGGAGGUCGACUUCAGUUUGGUUGCCAGAGCUCUCCGGUUGAGUGUUGAGGAGGUUGGUAAGAAUUGGAAGCCCUGUGGGGAGGUUGUUGGUCUACCGUUGAAGUUCCUGUUGAGGGUAGCCAGAGUUGAGGCAGAUAAGGGGAAUUGGGAAGUUUUUCACGCUCAGUUAGCCGCCAUGAUCUAUGGGAUCAUCCUAUUUCCUAGUAUGCCGAACUUCAUAGACCAUGCUGCCAUCAGCAUUUUCAUCAGAGGGAACCCAGUCCCUACCCUCCUAGCAGAUACUUACUAUGCCAUCCACAGUAGGCAUGGUAAGGGUGGAGCCAUCAGGUGUUGCUUACCUCUCCUGUAUAAAUGGUUCAUGUCUCUUCUGCCAGCCAGUGGACCAUUUGUAGAUACCCAGAGCACUCUGAAGUGGACUCAGAGGGUCAUGUCGCUCACUUCCUACGACAUCAGGUGGCAGUCGUACCGGAUGAAUGUGAAGGAUGUUAUCUUAAGCUGUGGCGAAUUCCGGGGCGUGCCACUCAUAGGGACCAAGGGUUGCAUCAACUACAACCCAGUUCUCUCCCUUCGCCAGUUAGGGUUUGUCAUGAGUAGAAGGCCGCUCGAAGCAGAGAUAGCUGAGAGUUUUUAUUUUGAGAAGAAGGAUGACCCUGCUAAGUUGGAGCAAAUAGGGAAGGCCUGGAGAUCAGUUGGGGUGAAGGAUGGAUCCGUCUUAGGGAAGAAGUUUGCCAUUGCAAUGCCCGAAUACACCGAUUGGGUAAAGAAGAGAGUGGAAACUUUGCUGCUUCCCUACGAUAGGAUGGAGCCGUUGCAAGAGCAACCACCUUUGGUACUUGCUGAUAGUGUGCCUGCUGAGCACUAUAAGCAAGCCCUGGUGGAGAGUCGGCGUCUGAGGGAGAAAGAGCAGGACACUCAGAUGGAGCUGUACAAAGCUAAGGCUGAUAAGCUGCACUUGGCCCAUCAACUCAGGGAAGUGCAAGGAGAGAAUGCUGGCAGAGCAAGGAAUAAGAAGAGAUCAUAUGAUGAGAUAGAGUCCAUGUUGGAUACAGAGCAUAGGGAGUGUCUGAGACUGCAGAGAGCAGAAGUCAACUACCAAAAGAAGAUCAGAGACUUGGAGAAGCAACUCAAAGACAAAGACACUCAGCUGAAGGAAGAGAUGGAGUUGAGACAGAAGUCAGAGGAUUAUCUUGGAGGAGAAGUCUUAGAGCUCAGAAGACAAUUAAAGGAGAAGAUCACUCCCCUACCAGAUUGUUCAGAAUGCUCACUGUUGAUAGACCAGUGUCAUUACCUGAAGACCCUCAUUCCAGAAGACCGUCUACCGUAGACUGUAUCUUUGUUUGUUUUUUUGUUGAGAAUCACCUCCAGGCUUGUUGGAUGGGAUUCUUUUUCUUUGUACUUUGAGAAUAUUCUGCUGAUCUUGGUUGUAUGACUUUUCUACCCUUAUGUAUAUGUAAGGCUAUCAGCA